AUGCUCAUCAGUGCUUGGUUGAACACCAACAAGGAUCCCAUAGUCAGUAAUGAGCAGAAGGUAUGGGCGUUUUGGAAGAGAAUAGAUGAGUGUUUCAACUCAAGCCCUCAGCUCAGUGGCUUUGCUCCUAGAGAGGCAAGUCAAUGUAAGCAGAGGUGGGGAAGAGUGAACGGGUAUGAGGUCACUCUGAAGGAGCAAACUAGUGGCCAAAAUGAGAAUGAUGUCAUGAAGGCAGCCCAUGACAUCUUCUUAAAUGACUACCACGUCAAGUUCAGCCUUGAACAUGCUUGGAGGGAACUUAGGUUUGAUCAGAAAAGGAGAUCAAACUCUGUGUCCAGAGAUGGUGGAAAGGAGAAAAGGAAGGAAGCUGCGGAGGUGGUGCCUGACUUGGAAGAGGUUAGGCCUCCUGGUGUUAAGGCUUGCAAAGCAGCCAAAUGCAAGAAGCACGGGAAUGAAACAACUUUUGAUCAAAUACAGAGCAUGCUUGUUGUGAAACAAAACAUAUCCAAACAGAAACUCCUUGAUCGUCUCCUUGCCAAAAAUGAAAAUGAUCUAUCUGAUACCGAAGUGUCUCUGAAGAACAAACUCAUAUCUAAAAUGCUUUGA